GAUUGUAGUUCAAGACUGCUCUCUAGUUAGUGAUAGAUGGUUCAGUUACCUGAUAACAGCUGGGAAGGAACUGCUAAAAGAGAUUUGCUUGGAUAGAGUGGAUGUGGAAUGGAUGUUCCCACUCGUGGAAGAGUCUGGGACCAGAGGUCAAAGCUUCAGAAUAAAAGAACGUUCCUUUAGGAAGGAGAUGAAGAGGAAUCUCUUCCGUCAGAGGGUGGUGAAUCUGUGGAAUUCUUUGCCACAGCAAGCUGUGGAGGCCAUGUCAUUGGAUAUUUUUUACGGCAGAGACAGGAUGUCGAUCCUGUUUCCAUCCCUCUUCCCACGAGUGACGGAAUCGCUAUGGUUUAACCUGGACCGGCCAUGCGUGGAUGAAAGCGAACUCCAGCAGCAGGAAAAUCAGCACCAGGCCUGGUUGCAGAGUAUUGCUGAAAAGAACACCUCGUUGGUGCCCAUCGGGAAGCCGGCGUCUGAGAACUAUGACGACGAGGAAGAGGAGGACGAUGAGGAUGAUGAAGACAGCGAGGAGGACUCCGAGGAGGAUGAAGACAUGCAGGACAUGGACGAGAUGAACGAUUACAACGAGUCCCCCGAUGACGGAGAGAUAAACGAGAUCGACAUGGAGGGUACGGAGCAAGACCAGGACCAGUGGAUGAUCUGACGGGCCCCAAGAUUGCAGCAGCAGCUGCAACGUGAUCUCUGCCUGGGCUCCCCCACCCCGCCGGAUAACGGCGAGGAUGUCCGCGUGUCGUGUCCGACGCUCCCCAACGCUGCUCUUCAUCUGGUGACUGAACUGCGAGCAAGUUCACCCGACGGCAGACUUUCUGGUGGGACCUUGGAGGAGAUUACUCAGCCCCUCGCUCGCAUUGCCGUGGGCAGGUCUGAGCCUCCUCUGCCUGACACCCUUUCCAAUAAAGAAUCCUACAAUCUCA